AAAUUCCUCGCACGAAAUCGCAACUGACAGAAAAGAAAACUAAGCAGAUGUGCGUGUUAUGUGUGCAAUUUUCCCGAAUAAAUUGACGAAAAUCUAGUUAAAUUGUGCAUAUUUUACCGUAAAUAACCCCCGGUCAGCAAUGGAUACCUAAUUGCCACGUUCCGUGCCGUUAGCAAACGCGUAAUCCCAGUCAAUUGCAGAGAUACAAAUUAUCGCAAAGUUAAAACAACCCCACAAAAGAAUGCCUGCCCUCGCCCAAAAGCUGCUCGUUCUGCGAAGUCAUCUGCUGCCGCUGGUGGCCGGCCACCAGCGCAGUAGCAGCUUCCACCAGGCCGCGGCCCGCUACCGGCCGUCCGGCCCACCGAAGCUGUCCCCGUACGAUGUGAAUUGCAUUCUUCGCGGGAACGAGCACACCCAGGAGUUUGGCAGUGGGUCGGUGAAGAGUUACGACACGAACCAGCUGGCGUCCAACUCGCCGAUUGAGGACUCGCGCACCGAGGGCAGCUGCGUGCACACUUCCGGGCUGCUGUUGGGCAUAUUCGACGGGCACGCGGGGCCGGCCUGCUCGCAGGUGAUUAGCAAGCGACUGAUGCGAUACCUUGCGGCGUCCCUCGUCCCGCCGGACGAUUUGAAGACGCACCUGCAGAACGGUGCCCAGAGCCAGUCGUUUGUGGAUUGUCACAAUGAUAAGCUUGAGUUUGUCAGCGAAAUCAAGGACAUUUACGAGCGUAGUUUUGAGAUUUUUGCCAACGAGUUGACCAACACCACGCUGGCCGGCUUCCAGAUGCACCAGGUGCUGGAGAAUGCGUUCCUACGGCUCGACCAGGAUCUAUCCCGGGAAGCGCUGGAGAGUCCGAGCAUCCGGACAAUGUCGGUUGCGAUGAGUGGAGCGGUAGCGGUGGUCGCCCACAUCGACGGUCCACAUCUGCACAUAGCCUCGACGGGGGACUGUUCGGCCGUGCUGGGGACGGUAACGGACACCGGCCAAUGGAUCGCAAAGAAGCUCACCAACGAACACAACAGCGACAACGUGGGCGAGGUGCGUCGACUGCUGAACGAACAUCCGGCCACCGAACGGGACACCGUCAUCCGUGGCGAGCGCCUCCUCGGCCAACUCGCUCCCCUGCGCGCCCUCGGUGACUUCCGGUACAAGUGGACCCGCGAACAGCUCGAACAACUCGUCGUGCCCCAGUUCGGUGAGCACGUGAUCGCACCGUACUACCUCACUCCGCCCUACCUGACGGCCUGCCCCGAAAUAACCCAUCACAUCCUGACGCCCCGCGACAAGUUCCUCAUCCUGGCCAGCGACGGCCUCUGGGACACGAUGAGCCCGAUGCAAACGGUCCACCUGGUCGGCGAGCACAUGUACGGCAAAGCCUUCCUUCAGCCGCUCAAACUGCCCAAACACGACAUCACCUUCGACGAAAUCAGCCAAAUGCUGAGCACGCGCAAGGCCGGCCUCCAGAAGAAGCCCCUCGACCGGAACGCCGCCACCCACCUGAUCCGGAACGCGCUCGGCGGCACCGAGUACGGCGUCGAGCACUCGAAGCUCUCGCACAUGCUGUCCCUGCCGCAGGACAUUGUGCGGCUGUUCCGCGACGACAUCACCAUCACCGUGGUGUACUUUGACUCCGAGUACCUGCGGAAUUGCCCCACCUAGCAGCGGGCCCGGAAGGCGACCACCGCAGCAGCAGGUGGGCCGCAGGGGAAGCGAAACGAGCGGUAGUUCACGGAGAGGGGGGGGCGCAUUUAGACGUGAUCGCGAAAAAAGUGUGCUUUAAUUCAGUUAACGAUGUAUAAACAACAACAAAAAACUAGAAACUUGUACAGAAACAACGUCGUCGCUUUGUUUUGUUCGUUUGAAUCUUUUUUUUUUCGUAUUGCCUAAACGAGCGGUUGUUUCGCUGUUGGCACCGUCGAGCUACAUUUGUACGUUUUAUUAAAUGGAAAAUAAAAAUGUUUAAAUACUCGAAA